CCUUCGUCUCUCUUUCAUUGAAGCCUUGGUUCUCUACCUAUCCGUCCUUUGGUUGCUCAUGGAACACUCACCUGUAUUUUUAAAGAUAAGAACAGUGGCUUUUUCUGUAACAAUAUUGAUAUGCUUUGCGUGGAUUAUCCUGCUAUGUUAUCUCUCGUAUGCGCGCUGGAGUAUAUCCGAUCAAUCAGAACAUACGUUCAACAUCUUAUUCCUUAUCGUUAAUGUCAUGACCGUGAUCAUCCUUCCCAUAUUAAUCUUGAGCAGAUUCAGGACAUGGUUAGAUGGUGCCAGGUUGCUAUUGCUUUUGAUAUGUCACAUUGGGAUUGCCCUGGCAUUUGCGGUCUGGAACCCCUCGUUACAAUGUCCGCCUAACACCUCAGAUGCCCAAGGCGUGUGUCAGCUAUUAAACGUGUACAUCUUGGUUGCUAGCUGGGUAGCACCAGCAUUUCUGUUAGCCUAUGGUGCUUGCCUCGGGGUGUAUGCAUUUCGCCGUGCUAGUCUCCCCCGCCACACAAAAGCUGUCGACCUGGAAUGCGACGAUGAAGAAGCACAAAAACUACAGCGGACUGAUAGACGAGCGACUCUACCUAUGAUACUCCCAGAUGAUUUGCUCGCACCUCGCACCACGGAAGAUCUCACACGGAAUCAGACUAGUAGCGUGCCGAGUACGUCUCGACGGCCAUCAGAAGCCGAUGCGUUGGAACCAUCAAUGUUGGAGGACAGUCAGGUCGGCGACGAAGGGAGUAACAAAGGCAAACACACAUCAGGUCGACUUUCCAAACGGCUUCCCCUAUGGUAUUAUUAGUUCAAUGUGUACUCUUUCUUUGUAUUUUUACCCUGCUGUCUGCAUGCUGUACCUGCUAAUUGUAACCGCCCAUUGCUACU